AUGCUCUACCAGUUAGCUACCGGAUGGGACGCCGUGGUUCUUAUUGACGAAGCUGACGUAUUCUUGGAACAGAGAAGUCUCCAUGAUUUAGAUGCCUCGGCCCGGCUUACGAUCUGGAUAAAGUUCUUUGAGCUUGCUGGGUGGCCAUUCUUGGGCUCAGAAGAGUUCGUCAACGUCGAUGGUCAAGAGCCACGCUGUUAUGUUGCUCUCUCCAAUUUGGAGGUAUUGGCGCAAAAACCGUUUAAUGGACGCACCAUCAAGAACCUUGUCCGGACCGCCCAGUCGCAGGCGUUAGCACUCUCUACGAAGGAACCGCUUUCCCUCGACCAUGUCAAGGUUGUCAUCCGCGCGCAAGAGAAAUUUUGGACAGCGUUUGCGCAAAUCCGCUCUUAG